AUGGUCGCCAUCACCUCAUUGUCUCCUCUUGUUCUUCUUGUAGGCUCAGUGCUUGCACAAUCCUGUACUCCAUCUUCUCAGGGUGCAGCCAUUGCCAGCAACCUGGCCAGUAUCCAGUCGGCCUGUACAUCUACCGACAGUCUUGUCCGAUCGUUCACCAGCUCUCAAGGAUUGUUGGCUGCCUUGAACAUCCAGACUUCGGAGCAAAACAUCCAGAGCGCUGUCAAUGCUGCUAUUACCAACGCCGGAGCUCUGUCAGCACCCACUGCCUGCGACGAGCAGGUUAUUGUGGCUGCUCUUUUGGCAGCUGCUCCUAGUAUCACUCAAUUGUUGUCGGACAUCACCAGCAAGCAGGCUGAUUUCAAUGCUGUUGGUGUUAGCAGCAUCAUUGUCAAUGACUUGACCAGUCUUCAGUCAGGAACCUUCAAACUUGAAUCGCAAGUCUAUGCCAAAGUCCCCUGUAGCGCUUUAACUUCAGCCAAGAGUUCCUUGACUGCCAUCAACAACGGCUUUGCUUCUGCUCUCACUGCUUAUGGAGCUUCUGGCGCUGCUGCUCCCGUUUCUCCCUGUUAA